CGAAGCAUCGAUAAAUUAGUCUCAAGCCUAUUCGGCCAUUUUGAUUUCUCCUGUCUCUUGACAGGCCGGUGUACAGAACAUUACGAUUUUAUUGUUCUGCACCACGUUUCUAACGUUAUAUUUGUGUGGAUGAAGUGAAAAGUGUAGUGUACACCAUGGCGAGAUACGGUCAGAGACCGGAGAAUGCCCUCAAACGGGCCAAUGAGUUUAUGGAUCUGGACAAGCCCUCAAGAGCUUUAGAUACUUUGCAAGAAGUGUUCAGGAACAAAAAAUGGGCGUACAACUGGUCCGAGUCGGUGUUGGAGCCGAUCAUGUUCAAGUAUUUGGAACUCUGUGUAGACUUGCGCAAGUCUCACAUUGCAAAAGAAGGCCUGUUUCAAUACAGGAACAUGUUUCAGUCCGUCAAUGUUGGGUCUUUGGAACAAGUUAUAAGGGGCUACCUUCGAAUGGCAGAAGAGCGCACAGAAGCGGCUCGUGAGCAGUCCACUCAAGCAGUCAUUGAGACUGAUGAUCUGGAUAACCUUGCUACUCCUGAGAGCAUCCUGCUUAGUGCUGUUUCUGGAGAAGAUGCUCAGGAUAGAUCUGAUAGGACUAUCCUUACACCAUGGGUAAAAUUCCUAUGGGAAUCGUACUGCCAAUGCUUGGAGCUCCUCCGUACCAACGCUCACGUUGAGACAUUGUACCAUGAUAUCGCUCGCAUGGCGUUCCAGUUCUGUCUCAAGUAUUCCCGCAAAACUGAGUUCAGGAAGCUUUGUGAUAAACUGAGGAAGCAUCUUGAAGAUAUCUGCAAGCCUACCGUGCAAACUGGUAACGUGAGCAUUAGCAAGCCAGAGACACAGCAACUGAACCUGGAGACCAGGUUGUUCCAACUGGACAGCGCUAUCCAGAUGGAAUUGUGGCAGGAAGCCUACAAAGCUAUUGAAGACAUCCAUAACUUGAUGAACAUGUCUAAGAAGACUCCUGUAGCCAAAACCAUGGCUAACUAUUAUGGCAAGUUGGCUCUGGUCUUCUGGAAGGCUGGCCACUGCCUUUUCCAUGCCGCUGCUCUAUUGAAGCUCUUCCAACUGUCCAGGGAGAUGAAGAAGAAUAUCACGCAAGAGGAACUGCAGAAAAUGGCCUGUCGCGUCCUCGUGGCCGUUUUGUCGGUCCCCUUACCGUCUCUGCAUCCGGAAUUCGACCGCUUCGUGGAGACUGACAAGAGCCCCGUCGAGAAAGCCCAGAGAUUGGCUGUGCUACUUGGCCUUGCCCAGCCACCAACGAGGGCUAGCUUGUUGAAAGACGUGGUGCGUCUAAACGUGGUGGCCCUGGCGACGCCCCAGCUGCAGCAGCUGUACUCCUGGCUGGAGGUGGAGUUCGACCCCCUGACCCUCUGCAGCAACGUCAAGUCUGUCGUCAAGUCGCUCGAGGAGGACCCUAAUUCGGCUCUCGCCCAAUAUACCGUGGCACUAAGCGACGUAGCCCUCGUCCGUCUCAUUCGCCAAGUGGGACAGUGUUACGCCUGCAUUCAGUUCGCUCGCCUCCUGGAGCUGGCCAACACUGAUGAUCUCUUCCACCUGGAACGUCUUCUCGUCGACUGCGUGAGACACAAUGACAUGCAGAUCCGUGUUGAUCACGCUAACAAGUGUGUGCAUUUCGGUGUGGAGGCCGGUGGUGGCGAGUGGUGCUCUGCCGCGGACGAGGCUUGCGGCGGCGCCAUACUGCAAGCUACUCCCGCUGAACAGGUCCGCGAGCAACUGGUCCGCGCGGCGGAGGUGCUGUCCCGCGCGGCGGCGACGCUGUGCCCGUCGCGGCGGCGCGGGGAGCGGGCGCGGGCGCGGGCGCACAUGGUGCAGCACUACCACGAACACAAGCACGCCGAGCACCAUCGCGUGCUGCAGCGACACAAGAUCAUCGAGGAGAGGAAGGAGUACAUCGAGCGACUCAACACCGUGCGCGAGGAGGAGGAACUCAGACGUCAAGAGGAACAAUCGCGCGCGGCUGCCGCGGCCGAGGCCCGUCGUUUGGAAGCGGAGAGAGAAGAACGCGAGCGACGCCGCGCUGAGUCCGAGCUGGCCGCCAUGCGGGAGCGACAUCUCAGGGAGCGAGUCGCGCAUAUCAGCCAGACCACGCAUGGACAGAAGAUGCUGUCUAACAUCAAUGAGGAGGAACUCAAAAAGAUGGACGCUGAAGCUAUCGCUGCCCGUGAAGCUGAAGAGCUGAUGAAGGAACGCCGUGAACUGCAGGCUAGGCUGAAGUCGCAGGAGAAGAAGGUGGAUUACUUUGAGCGUGCCAAGCGCCUGGAGGAGAUUCCCCUGCUGCAAAAGAGCUUGGAAGAGAAGCAGGUGCAGGACAAGGCAUUCUGGGAGACUCAAGAGAAAGAGCGCAUCCAACAACUUAUUGAGGCCCGUGCCCGCGACGUGAACACGGCGGCGCGGCUGUCCCGCAUGGCGGCGCACCGCGAGCAGUUCACGGUGAAGCUGCGCAGCGAGCGCGGCGCCGCCCACACGCAGAGACUGGCCGCCUUCAAGGAGAAACUGCAGGCCGAACGGGAGAAACGCCUCGCUGAACGGAGACUGCAGCGCAUUGAGAAGAGAAGGCAGGAGUGGCUCGCCGAGAAACGUCGUGCAGAGGAAGAAGAAGCAAGGCGUAUCAAGGAGGAGGAGGAACGCAAGGAAAGAGAAGAGAGAGAGGAGAGAGAGAAGAAACACGCUGAAGAACUGGCCGCCGCAAGAGAGAGGAAGGAGAAAGAAAACAGAGAACAUCAAGAAAUGUUGGCACGUACUGAAGCUAAGAUCAGAGCCAAGGAGGCUGAGAUUCAGCGCAAGUUGGAAGAACAGAAAGCACAGGCCACCUCUAGCUGGAGAGACGGCGGAUCCGCCCGCCCCGCUCCCGCCAGGGACGACGGCUGGAGGUCGAAACCAUCGGGUGACAUCAAGGAUGAAAAGAAACCAGUACCUGGUGAUACUUGGCGGUCCAGUCGCGCAGCCCGUGACGCGGCAGGUCCCCGCGACGAGCGCCCUCGAACUCCGGACAGGCGCGCGCCCCGCGACGACCGUCCCCCUGCUCGGGACGACAGACCUGCCAGGGAUGAAAGACCUCCGCUUAGAGACGACAGACGUGACGACAGGCCUAGAGACGACCGUCCUGCUCGCGACGACCGCGGCCCGAGAGACGAUAGGCCGAGAGACGAGGGCGCCUGGAGGUCCAGUAACAGGGAGCCCAACAGGGAGCCCGACAGGGACAGGCCUCGUUACGGCGGCCGCUCCAGUGGUCCGGAGGGUGGCAGCUGGCGACGUGGACCUGCGGACCCACCACCAGCACCUUCUGAACGCUCAUCCACCUGGCGUUCUAAGGACGGCCCGCCCCGUGAGGAUCGUUACCGCGACGCACCGCGCGACCGUGAUCGCGAGGGUGGGUUCCGUGACCGCGACCGAUUCCCGGCUAGGAGAGACGACCGCGACGGGCCACGCCGAGACGACCGCGACGGGCCGCGCCGCGAUGAUCGUGACAGAGACGGACCGCGCCGCGACGAUCGUGACAGGGACGGUCCACGCCGCGAUGACCGCGAUCGGGACGGACCGCGCCGUGACGACCGUGACCGCGACGGACCGCGCCGCGCGCCCCCACGCCGGGAGGAGAAACCUCGGGACCCGGAUGGUGAUGACUGGCAAACCGUUAACUCCAGACGUUGAUACAACACAGAUCCCAACUAUUAACACCAUAUAUUUUACUGUAAUUAUGUAUAACGUUUUAUUUUCUCGAGAGUUCAGCAGUAAUGUCUAUGUAAACCCUUUUUCUAGAACUUUCUUAACCCCUAUUCCCUCACAGAAAGCAGGACUUUACUUUAGCUUUUAAAUAUUAUAAAAAGAUUAGAAAUUGGGAACUAAAUUUAUAUAAGUAAACAUCACAUACCAACAGGUAUUAUGACACUUAAAUGUAAUCCAUUAAGUUACAUUUUCCUCUAAAAUGCUGGUUCAUUUGUUACUUUUUAAAAUUGCUGAACUCGAUUUUUGUCACAUUUAAGUUACGUAUAUUAUUUUUUCAAAGCGCUAGUCUAUAGCGCCAAUGUAAUACUUAUGUUGUACGGGAUAUGGGCGUAUUUACUGUAAGCACGAGAGGAUGCGAAUCCGUGCCCUAUUCAGGCUUAAAAACUUGACAUAAGUUCUUUGUUACUUUUUUCAAUAUUUUGUGAACUUGAUCACUUUGUUUCGAGUAGAGUUUGUAUUCAAAAUAUAAUAUUUCUACAAUAUGUUUUGCUUUUUACUUAUACGUUUUAUUUCUUGUGUAUUUAGAUGUGAACUGUGGACGCGGAUGGAAUUCUCUCGUUUUCUUGCUUAGUAAUGUUUUCCCAAUGCUAUCUUGGGAUAUUUAAUCAAAUUGCUCUCUCGUUUAGACUAAAACACAAGUACUUUAAGGACAUCUUUACCUAACACCGUAAAAGAUUUGUUUAUCAGCCUAUUAUUCCUAAAUAGCUUGAUAGAUUUUGAUGAAGCUUUCUACUAAAAAGUGACAUUAUAAUAUUAACAAGUAUUAACGUAAUAUUGCUCUUGUGUUAUAGCCUAAACCAUAACAAACCUUUACGCAACAUAAUAGACAAUAGCAAAGAUUUAAAUAUAUAUAUAUUAACAAAAGCAGUGUCUUACAGUUUUACUGAAUAUAUAACAACCAGUGCCUAAUUGCAACAGUUAAUUAUAAACUUGUAGUUAG